AUGUAUUCCAAUAGCUAUCGUUGGUGUUUGGUGACUAGUUGUACAAAUACUACCAUUAGAACUCCUAAUAAGUUAUUUAUUCAAGUGCCAGAUGAUGCUGUGUUGAGGGAUGUUUGGUUAGAACUCGCAAAAAGAGAUCCAAAAUCAUUAUCAAGUAAAAGUCGAUUGUAUCUAUGUGAAGAUCACUUUAAUUUAGAACAAGAUAUGCAAAAUUAUAUGGAAUACAAAAUAAUGGGAUCUGUAAAAAAAGUUAAAAUGAAAUCUAACGUAGUUCCCACCAAAUUUAAUUUUAAUAGUGAAAAAAGGCAAAAGUUAUCACCGAGUUCUACUCGGUCAACUUUGAAAAAGCCAAAGAGGCCAUAUUCCAUUCGAAGGGUUAGGAGAGAACCGACAGUAUUACCGUCUAAAUCAGAUGUACCAACACUUCAAACAGGGGAAGACAAAGCUAAUUUGGCAAUAAAAUUGCAUAUGCUGUUCCCUUACAAGUCAAUUCAGGGUUCAAGAUAUUUUUACACGAAGCAAGAAGAUGAAGAUGAACCAUCAUCUAGUCAAGCAAACUCAAUUAACAUCACCUCUACCUUUAGUGACGAUUCAACCCUUUCAACAAACAGCCUUUGUAAGCAAGAAGAUGAUUUUGAUCCUAUAAAUACGACAUCAGAACAGAACGACCCUUUAAGGAUAGUCCACGUUUCUUCCGAAGUGGAAUUCAAAGCGCGGGGCCUUGUGCCUCCAGUUUUCACGCCUCUACAUAGCGAUGGAUCGAUCAACUUUCCCGCCAUUUCCUCUUAUGCUCAGUAUCUAGUCGAUGCUGGUAUCAAAGCUGUCCUGGUCGGCGGUACUACGGGUGAGAACAUGUCAAUGAGAGUGGUGGACAGGAUGAAGCUGAUAGAUGAAUGGGUCGAAGCAUCGCAGAGUACAGGACUCCACAUCAUGGUGCAAGUUGGUGGGGCACCAUUGGCUGAUGUACUUCUAUUGGCUAAAUAUUGUGCAAACACGGGGGUUCACUCUCUCCUGACCCUCCCGGAGUUAUACUUCAAGCCUCAGUCGGUGGACGAGCUGGUGUCGUACGUCCAGCUUGUAGCCGAGGCCGCGCCCACUCUGCCUGUACUCUACUAUCACAUACCGAGUAUGUCUAAAGUUGAAAUCAAUAUGCCUCAAUUUGUGACGGCGGCCACAGCACGCAUACCAAACUUCAAGGGAUUAAAAUUCACGUCGAACGACUUGAGUGAAGCGUCUCAAGUCCUCAGGAGUUUACAGGAAGGCCAGGAGAUCUUUUUGGGAGCUGACACUUUGUUAGCUCCUGCCGCUCUGUUGGGUAUCAAGUCCAGUAUCGGUACCACAUUCAACUUGUUCCCGGCUCUCGCUCAACAGAUCCUACAAGCUGUUGAGAGUAACGACGUUCUACUCGCUCGCAAUCUACAGGAGAAACUCAGUUUAGCUAUAGAAGCACACACGUGUGAAGGUGCAUGGGUGCCAAUAAUGAAGGCAGGUAUGGAGAUCGUGACAGGUAUAAACGUGGGCCCACCGGCCUUACCUCAGAGGCCGAUAUCAGCAGAGGCCAAAGCGAGGAUCGCGGAGAAACUCACCGAGCUUGGUGUUGCGGAUGUGAAAUGGCUCACGAGUUAAUUUUUAUUGUAUUAUAAUUAAAGAAAAUUGUACAUAUUAAAAAAAAAAGCUUUUUAUUAAAUAAUUUAUAAA